AUGGCUCAGCCGAACCGCCCGUUACAAGAGAAUAAGAAAUUAAUGGCUGCACAAGCGCUAUUGUCAGCGGGCAGACCGGAACGAGUCGCGACCACGAUAGUAAAAGGUACGAUCGGCAGCAUUUCAGAAUAUUCGCUAGACGACGAUUGGACGUCGUGGUGCGAAAGGUUAGACAUGUAUAUACUGGCGAAUGAAGUCCGUGAAGAUAAGAAGGUUUCCCUGUUCCUGACAUUACUGGGGAAGGAUGGAUAUGCACUUCUCAGGAAUUUGACGACACCAAACUUGCCGUCACAAACGUCGUUUGCAGAAUUAAAGCAAACAAUGAGGCAACAUUUGCAGCCGGCGCCUAACCCCAUGGCCGAAAGGUACAAAUUCAAAGAGUGUACUCAAAAGGAAGGGGAAGAUAUCAAAAGGUUCCUAGUAAACCUGAAAAGGCUGUCAACAUUCUGCGAGUUCGGGGAUAACUUGGAGAACAGUCUGCGCGAUCAAUUCGUAUGGAGAUUGUCCAGCGACAUUAUUAAGAAGAAACUACUCGGGGAAAAGGAUUUAAGCUAUCAACGAGCAGUCGAGCUCGCAUUGUCCUUGGAGUUGGCAGGGAAGAAUGCGGCAGAGAUGAAGUCACCGGGCAGCAGUGCCACAGUGAACUACGUAGCAAGCAAAGGCAGGACUUCAUCGACGAAUACGAAGAAAGAAGAUUCUAACGUAAGGUACUGUUAUUGUUGCGGUAGGACAAACCAUAUAACGGUAAACUGUAAAUAUAAACAGUACGGUCGUAACCUUUGCGGUAAAAAGGGCCAUUUAAGGAAUGUUUGUAAGAACAAAACUGAUUCGGCAAAGGCAGUAAAAUCUGGGAAAAAGGAUAACGGUAAGAAAAGUAAUAAGCACCGGGAUAGUAAACGCGAACAACAAAAUUUUGUGGCUGAAGUAGACAGAAUCACCGAAUGCUUAGACAACAUGUUUCAUUUAAGUAGGGAAGGGAGCAAUACCUUCACAAUUGCGGGAGAUAAACCAAUUGUCGUCGAGUUGUUGGUUGAGGGGUGUCCGGUAAAGUUCGAAGUAGACACGGGGUCGCCUAUCUCCGCGAUUUCAACAGUUUAUAGGAAUAGUUCGGAACUAUUUUCAGCGUUGCCGUUGAGGAGAACGCACAGACGUUUCAAAUCAUAUCAAGGGGACGUCAUUGUACCAGAAGGUAUAUUAGGAUUAACGGUUAGUCACAAAGGUAAAACGCGGUGGUUAGAGUUGUUCGUGAUACCGGGGAGUAGCGCACCUAUCAUAGGGCGACGAUGGUUGUCUGAGCUUGAAAUAUUGCAAGUCGGUAGCCUUAAAUUGAACAAUAUACAGAAGCUGACGCAAUCACCGACUGUAGAGGCCAUUAUUAAAGAAUUUGGUGAAGUUUUCAGCGAUAGGUUAGGGACGUAUAAUAAGGCUAAAAUUACGUUACGGGCUAAACCCAUUUUUCGUAAGCCAAGACCAGUGCCAUACGCAUUACGUACCAAAAUUGAAAAAGAAUUGAACAGACUCGUAGAAGCAAGAAUACUAGAACAAGUGACUACGAGCGAUUGGGCAACUCCCAUCGUACCGGUACCCAAAGCUAACGGUGAGUUAAGAAUAUGCGGGGAUUUUAAAGAUACCAUAAAUAAAGACUUAGACUGUAACAGGCACCCGAUUCCGCGCAUUAUUGAUUUAGCGACUCAGAUGUCGAGAGCAGCAAAAUUCACGAAAUUAGAUCUUGCUAGCGCAUAUCAACAAGUCGAGUUAGAUGAAGCAUCUAAACAAUUAGUUGUGCUCUCGAUACCUAAGGGGUUGUAUAAAUGCAAUCGUCUGAUGUAUGGGGUAUCACCGGCUCCGGGCCUUUUCCAAGCAGAAAUGGAGAAAAUUUUAUCCGGCAUUAACACUUUCACAACUGCAUGUUUGCGCAGUGAAACGUCGCCAGUGGCCGGCAAUAUUUUGGAAGAAAAAACUUUACGUAAAUUCAUGAAACAAUUAACAUUAUUAUUAUAA